UUAGCUUCUUUUUUGUUGGAAGAUUUUUAAAUUGACUCGUCACACAUGCUGGGAACGGACCUGUAGCUCUUCCUCCUUGAACUAUCUCACUUCUCUGUCCUUAUAAAUCAUGGCACUGUUUGUUGAAGUCAUCCAUGGAGUGGAGUUAUAUUCUGCCCAUCCAUUUUAUGGAGUUGAAGUUGAUGAGUUCACCAAGCCUCAGCGAUCUGGGCAAGAGUGACAGGGCAGCCUUGGAGGAGAGAGGUGCUCAGCAAUGCAGGGCAGGGACCAACGCCAUCUGGAAUAGUAUCCAUAACGCAGUUAUCGCCAUGUUCCAGAAGAAAGAUCUGGAAGACAACGAGCUGUACUCUUUAAAUGAAGGAGUCAGGCAGCUGUUAAAGACAGAGCUAGGCUCCUUCUUCACUGAGUAUCUGCAGAACCAGCUCCUAACCAAAGGAAUGUUCAUACUGCGAGACAAAAUCUAUCUCUAUGAAGGUCAAAAGUUACUUGACGCUCUGGCUGAAACCUGGGACUUUUUCUUUUGUAACAUUCUCUCCAUGCUGCAGGCCAUUUUCUACCCAGUCCAGGGCAAGGAGCCCUCUGUAAGGCAGCUGGCUCUCCUGCACUUUCGGAACAUUAUAACUCUGAGCAUAAAGCUGGAGGAUGCUUUGUCUUGUCCCAAUGCAUUUGUCCCUCCUUCUGUCAUACAAAUGUUGCUCAUACUGCAGGGGGUGCAUGAGUCUAGAGGAGUGACUGACGACUACUUAAAGUUGGAAUCUCUGAUCCAGAAAGUUGUCUCUCCAUAUCUGGGUACACACGGCCUCUACAUUGACGACAGCUGCGUGGCACAGUGCUCCUGUGUGUUGGUUGCACCACUUGGAUAUCUAUCUUCUUCCUCUGUCUCAGAGAAGCGAUUGCUGCAGCACUGGCCCAAACUCAGUGACUCCUCUGCUAGGAACCCUGUAGUGCGCUCCAAGAGCUACAAUGUGCCCAUGCUGACACCUGUGGUAGAGUACGAGACGGAGGCCACAACAGUGGGUAGCACAGGAAUCCGACGACAUUCUGUGUGCCAGAUGACCUCAUUCCAAGAAGAGCCAGCAUUCUCCAGCACCAAGUCCAGCCCCGAGAUGAACAUCACACCUCAUCUUUCAGCCUCUCACCCAUCCUUAGAACAGGACUCAGCUCUGUCAGGAUGCAGAGGGCAGAUAAAGGGCACAUCUCCACUCCCAUCCCCUUCCAUGUAUCCCUUGAUUUUCCCUGAAUGUUCUUCAGAAAUCUUUCAGAAAAUGUCCCAAGAAUCAGAUUCUGAUCUUGCCCAGGAAAUAGCCUCACUACCCAGAAGCUCAUCAAGUCCUGAAACCAUCACAGAUCAGUUCUUGGAGUCUUUGGACUCAGAAUCAGAGGGAAUCUUCAUAGAUUUCAGCUGCCGUUGCUCACAAUCCUCUAACUUAAGCCAUGAAAGUGAGAGUGAGUGUGAGUGGGAGGGAGAGGGACUGAGAGGGAAAGUGAGUGAGAAGGAGAGUGAGGAGAAGGAGAGUGAGUGAGUGAGUGAGUGAGUGAGUGAGUGAGUGAGUGAGUGAGGAGGAGAAGGAGAGUGAGUGAGGAGAAGGAGAGUGAGUGAGUGAGGAGGAGAAGGAGAGUGAGUGAGGAGGAGGAGAGUGAGGAGGAGGAGGAGAGUGAGUGAGGUGAGAAGGAGAGAGUGAGGGAGAGAGUCAGAGUGAAAGGGAGAGUGACAGUGAGUGAGUGAGGAGUGACUGUGAGAGAGAAAGCAUGAGGGAGUGAGCCUGAGCUUGAAGGUAAAAGUCACAUUGUUCCUCUUUAAGUUCAACAAACAUUUGUAAUUUCAUAUGGUUUUGGGAGAUUUCUAUAUUCCUCAUCAUUUCAUCCUAAAUGUCUGGAAAGUGAAUUUUUAAGUUUUUAAAAGUUAUUUUUAAUCAAGGCAUGAAUCUCUGGGGAAUUCAGUUAGUAGCAGUUUUUCCUCAAUUCCUCAAAUCAUUAUAAAUUUAUUUUAGAAUUCUUUGUCGUCAGGAUCAUUUUCCAAACUUGUAUAACUUUUUUUUUUGUAUUACAAAUGUUUAGAAUAACAAAUUAUAACAUUUUAUAACAAAUGAAUAUUUUAAUUAUUGUUUAAUUGUAUUUAUUUAAUUGUUUGUGGGCAGUGACUGAUUGAUUGAUUAAUUCUCUGAUCAGAAGGUUAGGGGUUCAAGUCUCAGCACCAGCAAGCUGCCACUGUUGAGUCCAAGCCUCUAACACCUGAAGUGAGAAUUCCACUGUAAUGAAUAUGUGACAGAUGAACGCUUUCUUCUUCUGUUUUCAAGAAUGGCUGGAUAAUUAUUUGACACAUUAAAUAUCAGUAUUACUUGUCUACAUGUAACUGAUUAGUUAAGAGUGCAUGCUGGGAGGAGGUGGUGUAGAACCUCAUAACAGUAGGCAGAAAAGAUGUUCAUGCCUUUGGUGGGAUGAGCUAAAGAUUAAAGGUAUUCUUGAACACUGCACUUUGGAGAGGGUUUUGAAUGUUCUGGAAAACUGUUAGCAUCUUCUAUUCUUUUACUGCCUCCAGUGAGUGUAGUCCUGUGAUGAUACUGGCCUUGCUGAAAAGUUUGCUGAGGUGCUUGCUGUCCCCUGCAGUGAAGCUAUCUACAACUCCUCGAAGACAGCACUGGCCAUAAGAGAUAGAGAAGAAGACUCUUAUGAGCUACUGCACAUAUGGAAGAUCUAAGGCUCUUCAAAAAGAACAGCCUGCUCUGGCCUUUCCCUUACAGCAAUUCAGUGUUGUCAGUCCAGUCUGUAUUUUCAGAUGUACAAGUAAGAAUUGUUCAUGUUCUUUGAGAAAUAGAAGAGAGCCAGCUUGCACAACCUGGUACCAGAGCAGACCUCCCAAGUGACCCACAUUGGGCAGGUC